AUGUACGAAAGGAUUGACAACCUGAAAUCCCUUUACGACCGUGCCGGGAAGACUUUCUCCGGCGGUCCUUCUGCGGCACAGGAUGUGCCGCGUCGUACUGCUCAACCAGACCCAGUACGUCGAUCAUCAGUUGGGAGCGGGGCUCCCAAGAAUCCCAGGACGGGGGAUAGCCGCGCCACCGGACGAGAUAACUCGUCCGACGCCCGUUCACGUCGCGGUGGUUCAACAGCUGCUCAACUAGAUAGCGCUGGCCACCGCGAGAGUCCUCUAAUGGAGGUGGAGGAGGAGGAAAGACGCUCUCCACACGAUCAUGUGGAUCGGUGUGUUCCCGAGAGCUUCUUUGAUCGCGUAACGCAAGGGUUACGCGACGAUCUCGAACAUGAGCGGAAUAGGCGUCUCCAAAUGGCGGACACUGUCUCGAAGCAUCGAGCUGAGUUUGGCUUUGCUCAGCUCGAGAACGAGAGAUCUCUGACAUCUCUUCGUGACGAGCUAAAGGUAGCUCGUGGGAUUGUUGAUCGGUCUAGGGCUGAGAUAACUGCUCUUCAGACCCUUGUUGAUGCCCACCAUCGGGAGCACAAGGCUCUCUGCGAGAUGCUUGAGCGCAAGGGCGUUCUUCAUCGGAAGAAGCAGCGUACUGAUGGUACGGCUUAA